AUGGAGAUAAUUUUACCUGAAUUUAGGGUUCUUGAUGCAAUUUCAAACUCUGACAGUAGUUCGCCAUCGCCAAUCAAAAAGGUCGAAAUAUACGAAACUAAAUCGCAAAUAUCAUCAUUGCGGAAUUAUGAUCAUGAUCGUAUCAAAUCAAUUAGCACUAAAAUUAACCCAGGCAAUUCUUAUGAAAAUCAUGUUAAUGGCGACGUAGAACCACGUAAGGUUAAACGUCGGACUCGAAAUUCUAUCCGAAAUUCUUCUAACUCUUGUAGUUCACAAGGAACUUUAGUGAACCUGGAUUCGGAAUUAUUUGAAGACGAUAAUUCUAUCAUGGAAAGUGAUGAUGAACAAACAAGUUGUGAUAAAAAAACAAGUAGUAAUGUGCAAAUAAGUGGUGAACGAAAAGCAAAUCAAUUUUCAACUUCACAUAGCAAUGUACAAAAGGAUAAGGUUCACCUUCUUCGGAAAUCCAAUACUGAACUAAGUGUUUUUACAAUGAUAAUUUUGGUUUCUUUGGCAUCGUAUAUCCUUGGCUCUUUGGGUUUCGGAUGUAUUUGGAUGUUUGUGCUUUAUCAUUGUGUGAGGUGGUAUAUUAAUACAAUAAAAAGUGAUAACGAAAGCAUUACAUGGGAGAAUAAUCGUCAAAUUUCUGUGGAUAAACUUAGAAGGAAUGAAGGUGAAACCGUAGAAUGGCUAAAUUAUUUAUUACUACAAAUUUGGCGAACACUUGAUCCAUCGCUUUUAAUUGGCCUCCGAGAUAUGCUUGAAGAUGCAAUGUCACGUAGCGCUCCAUCUUUUGUGCGCGCAACAGAUAUCGAAGCGUUUGAGAUCGGUUUAAUUGCCCCACGAAUUGACAG